AUGGGCAUCGUGUAUCUUGCCGUAAUCGGUCUCUCCUGCUACUUUGCCAUGCUCAUGAUUUACCGGAUCUACUUCCAUCCACUAUCGAAGUAUCCCGGCCCGCUAAUCAACAAAUUUUGUCCAGUUCCGACCAUCAUCUCCUUGCUGAACGGCCGGAUGGGCAUGGACGUCAAGACGUUGCAUGAUAAAUACGGACCCGUGGUGCGAAUUGCCCCUACAGAGCUCUCUUUCAAUGGCGUUCAAGCAUGGGACGACAUAUACGGGUAUCGACAUGGCAAAACAAACAUGCCAAAAGAUCCGGUGCACGCCGGAGCUGUCCAGUCCAUCCAAGGCGUCGUCAGUAUGCAGUACGAGCCCGACGAGGCUACGCACGCUCGUCAAAAACGAGGCCUCGCAUAUUCGUUCUCACAGAAGGCGCUCAAUGAGCAAGAAUCCAUCAUCAACAGUCACAUACACAAAUUUACGGACAAGGUUGCAGAGUUUAGCGAACAAGGUCGAAUCUUCAACCUGGCCGAUUGGUAUAACUUCCUGACUUUUGACGCCAUUGGCGAUUUGGCUUUCAAAGAAUACUAUGGUUGUCUUGAUGACGGCAAGUACCACUAUUGGGUGACCCUGGUAUUCAAAGCCGUGAAAGCUGGUGCAUUGGUCCAAGCUACCAGGAGAUUUGCAACGGCUGGCACACCAUUGCAAAAGCUGUUGUUGCGUGCUUUUGGCGAUAUCUUUGCACCAAACAAGGAGCACAUGAAACUCACACGAGCUCAAGUCAAGAAGCGUCUUGAAAACACAAACGACGACCAUCGCGACUUUCUUUGGUACAUAUUGAAACAGCAGGAUAAAUUCGAAUUGCGGGAAGAAGAAAUCAUCACCAACUCGGCGUUGUUUAUUCUCGCUGGGAGUGAAACUACUGCCAACUCACUGUCCGGGUUGACGGCGCGUUUGCUGCGCGAUCGAAGAGCUUAUGACAAAUUGGUCCAAGAAAUCCGCUCGGAAUUUUCCAGUGAAGAAGACAUCAGCCACGAUCGGACCAUGAGGAUGUCCUACCUCAAUGCCUGUAUCAAUGAGGGUCUUCGCGUUCACCCUCCCAUUACUCCAGGCUUGCUGAGAAGUGUCCCUGAUGGUGGCGCUAUCAUUGAUGGCUAUGAUGUACCUUCCGGCACAACAGUCUCAGUUAGCUCAUGGGCUGCCUCUCAUAAUCCAGCAAAUUUCGUUCAACCUGAUGAGUUCAUUCCUGAGCGGUGGCUAGAGGAAGCCUACUCAACCGAUCACAAAAGAGCGACGCAACCGUUCUCGCUGGGACCCCGAGUCUGCUUAGGCAAAAACCUUGCUUGGAUGGAGAUUCGCCUGGCUCUGGUUCGCCUCCUCUGGAAAUUCGACAUUGAGGCGGUGGAUGGAGCCAAUUUGUGGGACCCGGAUGGUCAAAUGAAACACAUGAAGGCAUACAUGGUAUGGGCUGUGCCUGAGCUGAGUGUCAAAGCCACACCUGCGAAAAGAUAG